AUGUUCCAGAGAAUACGAGGCGCCAUAGACCGCACUAUUGCGGAGGAACAGGCGCGACAAAGAGGCGAUGAUGCGCCCAUCUCCAGAUCUGCCUCCGACUCUUCUAGGCAAGGAGCGAAUGCCGGACGGAGAUCUCGACCAACCAACGGCACCGCCGAUGGCGUAGAUACGCCCCCGAAUCCCGAUCCCGCCGUUUUCGAGGCCGCAUUUGUUAUUGACGAUAGCGACGAGCCAAGCCGCACUGGCACUCCGAAACCGCCUGUACCUGAAAAGGAUGUUCCUGGCUCCAAGGAGGCUGCCGCCGACGAUGACAGCAAGACCGAGGCAAAAAGCGAAACGCGCACAAGCACAGAGACGCCAAAGCAUACCGCUGCUUCGAUUGCAAGCUCAACAACUGCGGUCACCUCGACCGAGCUGCCGUCGGAGAUUAAGCAGCGUCUGCGGAAGCUCGAGAAACUCGAGGCUACCUACCCAGAACUCUUGCGAUCAUAUCGAGUAGCGCAUAAGCGAGCCACGUCCAUUGAGCCAUUUGAAAAGGCCCUGCGCGAAAAUACACCCCUCACCUCCAUUGCCGACCCCGAUGCGAUGAUUGAAUACCUCAACCAAUUGAACCAAAGGGGUGGCAUGGUCAUGGACGAGCUGAAGCGAAUCUCUGCUGAGAAGGAUGAGAUAAAGAAGAAGCAACUACAGGCCGAGAAGUCGUUGAGCGACGCCCAGAAGGAACUCGACGAACUGAAAGCAGCGAGCAAGACGGCGCCUGAGACAGACGGUGAACCUUCGAAGCUUAGCAAGGAAGCUGGUGGGGACUUCUUCUCCUACGAGGAUGAGAUUCCUCAGCUUCAGGCCGAUGUGGAAGCCAAAGCAGAGGAAAUUGAGAAGCUCAAAUCUGAAGUGGCCAAGCUCCAGAGCGAUUUGUCGGCUGCGAAGGAGAACAGUGCCGGACUCACUGUCAGUCUAGACAAGGCUAACAAGGAGGUGGGGGAUUCGAGCAACAAAUCUAAAAACCAGGAAAAGUUGCAAAAUGACCUCGACCGUCGAACCAAGGAAUGCGAAGAGCUCACCGAAAAGCUGAAGACAGCUGAGUUCUCGUUGAAGAAACUCCAGGAUACUUCUAACAAGGACAUUGAUGCUAGCGCUACCAAAGUCAAGGCCGCGGAAACUUCUCAAGCUGCGGCCGAAACUCGGGUCAAAAAUCUAGACGCGGAGCUCUCCAAGGCAAAGGCGGCUACAAGCAUCUCAAAGAGUCUAAUUGAUGACCUCAAGUCGCAAGUUCAAAAGCUCAAUACGGAGAAAUCAGAAAAGCAGACAACGAUCGAUGAGCUAACUAAGAAGGUCAAUGAGACGGCAUCUGAGACGUCUACCGCUGCCGCUUCAGACAAGACAGUGAAGCCGACUUCUGUCACCGCUGGGUCAGGCGGCUCAAAAAAGAAGAACAAGAAGAAGAAGGGCAAAGGUGGCGUUGCGGCAGCGCAAACCAUUGCUGAUGAGGAUAGCGAGAACAAAGCUAGCGAGCCAGCGAAGGAAGAUUCGGGUGUUGAUGUCGAUACUUUGCAGACUGAAAUCAACCAGCUCAAGGAGGACAUCAAGCGCAAAGACGCCGAAAUCGAGCGGCUGAUGCAGAAACGAAAAUCUGAGGAGGAUUUGCAGGAGGAGAUUGAAACUCUCAGGGAUAAUCUGGUCAAUAUUGGGCAGGACCAUGUUGAAGAUAAGGAGAAGCUCAAGUCUCUUGACCAGGAAAGAAAGGACUUGCGAACAGAGAUCGAAGAGCUUCAGAGCAAACUCAAGUCGUCGACCUCUAGUUCUAAGGACAGCGACAAGAUCCGAGGCGAGAUGGAGACUCUACAAAAAGAGCACGAUGGUCUCAAGGAAAAGUUUGGUACAUUGCAGUCCGACCUGGGCGCUGCUCAGCAACUUGCGCAAACAAGGUUCAAGGAUCUCAGUGAGCUGAAAGAAGUCUUGCAGAAAGCUCAGCCGGAGCUUAAGAGCCUACGCCAAGAAUCUGCAACACUCAAGACUACGAAGGAGGAGCUUGCCAACACGGUGAAAGAAUUGAGGGAGAUGGAAAGGAGGGAGAAAGAGCUGAAGAAAGAGAUUGCGUCGGCCCAGCAACUUGCCACUGAUCGCGCCACCGAGAUUACGAAUCUUAAGGAAAGGCUCAGUCAAGAAGCUAGUGCGAAGCAGAAGCUUGAGGAGAACCAGCGAGUGUCCGGUCGUGACCUGCGUCGUGCCGAAGCAAGCAAAAUUGAACUGAGUGCCAAGGCAGAAAAGGCAGAGGCCGAGCUUGAGAAACUUCAAGAAGAGGCCAAGAAGCUACGACCUCGUGUCAAGGAACUCGAAGAGCAAAUGCACAAGUUCAAGCGGGAGAAGUCGGCAGCACAGGAGGAAGCAGAAUUCAAGUCGCAACAGUAUGUCAACGCACAAGCUCUGCUCAGCAGCAUGCGUGACCAGACAACCGAGAUGUCGGUGCAGCUGAAGGAGUCCAAGUCGCAAGCGGAGGCUGUAGAGGAAGAGCUUGCCGAGGUGCAGAAGCUGCUGCAGGAGAGAACACGCGAGGGCGAGACGAUGCGCCGGCUGCUAUCCGACGUCGAUGAGCGAGCGGACGGCAAAGUGCGGGAGAUGCGAACGCGCAUGGAGGCGGCCAUCGAGGAGCGCGAGCGCAUCGAGGACGAGGCCAGCACGGCCGCGCGCAAGCGGUCGCGCGAGGCGGAGGAGCUCCGGCAGCGGGUGCGCGAGCUGGAGCGGGAGGUCAAGAGCGCGACGCAGGAGCGCGACGAGCUGGACGAAAAGUCCAAGGCGUGGCGGCGGCGGCGCGACGAGCUCGAGGCGGUGGAGACGCGGGCGUCGGCCGAGGCGGAGGAGAUGCGCGCGACGGCGUCGCAGCUGCGCGGCGCGCUGGACGCCUCCGAGGGCCAGGUGCGCGACGGCGAGAAGCAGCGGGCGGACCUGCGCCGCAUGCUGGACGACGCGCGGCAGCGGUACGAGAAGAUGGCGCGCGACCUCAAGGCCGCGCAGGCGAGGCUGGCCGCCAGCCCGAGCAGGAGAGCGUCGACGGACUCGAAUAGGAGCGGCUCGGUGAACGGAGCCGGUGCGGGUGCGGACACGGCGUACCUGAAGACGAUCUUGCUGCAGUUCCUGGAGCAGAAGGAUGGCAGGCUGCGCGCACAGCUGGUGCCGGUCCUGGGGAAGCUGCUCAAGUUUGACAAGUCUGAGGAAGAGAAAUGGAGCAAGGCUGUGCAGCAUCUGGAAGUGAGAUAA